AUGUCCUCCUUCUCCCCCUCGUCCUCUCUUCACGCCCAUCCCCUGUUGCUCGGGGUCUUCUUUGCCGAGUUUCACCCGACCCAGGGCCCACGCAUCGCCUUCCAAGCCCCGAGCCCCUCGGUGGAUGCGGUCGCCAGCCAGUGGGGCCCGAGCGGCGGCGCCAGCUCCGCCACCACUGGCGUCCCCCCCUCGCCGCCCUCCCCCCGGCCACCAACACCCCCACUGCCGACUGUGGCGGCCGCCCUUGCGGCCACGGCGGCCGUGCCUCCGGCCUCUGCCGCCCCUGGCAGCAGCCAGCCGCCUCCCUCGCCGAGCGCUCCGGCUCCAGGGUCCGCGGGCAUCUUCCGUGCCUCGGCCGGGUCGCCGCACCUGGGGGAUGACCAAGCCGGGCCGGCGGCCCCGGCAGCCCCCCCCGGCGCCCUCCCCCAAGGUGUCUUCGACAAGAUCUCCGAAUAUGUCAUCCCAAAGCCCCAGCUGUGUGGGCGCGUGGUCACCCUCCGCGUGGAUGGCGUCACGUUGCUCGGCCUGCCGGCACUGAUCCAGGACAACAAGUAUGAGCGCAAUGCCCUCAUCUUCAACUUGGUGUUUGUCCUGCCCGAGGGUGCCGACACCUAUGCCCAUGAGCUGCUUCUGCGCAAGGCCACGCGUAUCCUGAAACUCGCAGAGAUCGAAGACGGUCUGCUCAUUCGCCCGGCACUCAAGUCCCGCUUGGGCGAUGUCCUGUCUCAGAUCUUCUAUGACCUCAAUCAGCACGGCUCAACCACAAUCGACCUGACCUCCUCGCACACGCUUCACUUGAAGCUGCCGCUGCGCAAACUCUUCCCGGUGCCGCCCCUGCCUCAGGACCAUGACGUGCCGGUGUUCAUCCGCGCUCUGCCCGGCGCUCAAAUGCCGGAUAUCCGCCUGGAUGACCUGCAGCCGGACGCCAGCCUGGCCGGAACCGGGGCCGGGGCCAACUUCCCUGCCUUCACUUCGGCCGCCUGGGACCUGACCUCACAGAAGGUCAUCCCUCUGAUCAACGGUCAGCGGACCAUCCGGGCCAUCUCCCAUCUCUCGGAUUGUGAUGCCGAGCUUGUGGCCAAGUGUGUCCAGCAUUUGGUGUUCUAUGAUUUCGUUGUCCUGACGGACCUGUUUCAAUACUCCAACACCUAUGUGGCCACGCCUUUUAUCCGGCAAUUCUUCGGCUCGCUGGCGGCCGCCGAGCAGUGCUUGCUAUUUGCCGUGCACCCUCGAUCGCAUGCGCUGGUGACCGGGUGGCUGGAGGCGACCUGUGCCGGGCCAGCCAACGGCGACUGGACUCCCCUGACGGCUCAGUCCCAGGCGCCCCUGCAUGCGCAACAGCCAUCACCCCCACAUUCCCAGUCCUCGCCAUGUGUCGAGGUGACGCCUUCGCCGGCCACCGGGCCCGUGGCCCGCCUGGGAGUCUUCACGGCCAUGGCGGUCAUUUUGUCUGGCCUCCAUCCGGGGCGGUCGGUAGCCGCCGUGGCCAACCAGCAUGCGGAUCUGCUGGUUCGCUUUGACAUCGACAUCCGGCGGCUGGUGGUCUUCUCCACGCCCCGCCCGGGCUUCGCUCCGAUUCCCUCACCGCCCGGCAGCUGGCUGUCGAUGCCCAUCUGGGGGCCACUUUGGCUCCGCAGCUGA